AGAAUGCUUCGCCAUGUUGGAAGUUAUAUGAAAAGAAAAUAGUGAUUUUUUACACAAUUCACUGAGGUAAAUUUAAAAAUUGAAGUAUGGAAACGAUAAUAGAGAGGCAACGAAGGCAGCACGAAGAAUGCGAGAGGCUCGAAGAUGCGAUAACCGAAGAAUUUUUACUGAAGAAACAGACGCCAAAAGACCAAAUCAAUUCAGAUCACAGAGCCAGGGAUCUAUUAGAGAGAUAUCUCUCUUCUACUAGCUCGUUGCUGACAUUGUAUAAUGAUAAUGAUGGGAUGAGGAAAGAAGAAAUAUCUGCUUUAUCUGGGCCCAAUGAGUUUGCUGAAUUCUACAGCAGAUUACGAGUUAUCAAAGACUAUCACAGAAAGUAUCCAAAUGAGGUGGUGGAGCCGAUGCAAGUCGAGUUUAUGAACAUGAAGGAAGCUCGUGAAAACCCUACGGAAGAUAUGCAAGCUUUGGUUGACUUUUCUGAUGAAGAAGGUUACGGCAAGUACUUGGAUCUUCACGAACCUUAUGAUAAAUAUAUUAACAUCAAGGGAAUCGAGAGAAUAGACUAUCUUGCGUAUUUGGAAACAUUCGACCGCUUGUUCGACAUUCCCAAAGAGAAGAAAACACACGAAUACAAAAGAUACAUCAUCGUUCUCCUUGAUUACCUUUACUACUAUUGUCAACGUGUGCAACCGCUGGUCGAUCUUGAUAAGGAAAUGGAGGAAACCCAAGAAGACUUUGAUAGAAACUGGGCGCAAGGAUCAUUUCCAGGAUGGCCCAAAGAUACCGGAAGUGCUUUGGCGCAAUCUGGGGCACAUCUUGAUCUGUCUGGUUUCUCAUCUGCUGAGGAGUUGGCCUCGCUUGGUCUUGACCGUCUUAAACAGGCGUUGCAAGCUUUAAAUUUAAAAUGUGGAGGCACGUUAGAGGAACGAGCACAGAGAUUAUUCUUUACUAAAGGGAAAUCUAUGGAGGAUCUUGAUCAAUCACUUUUUGCAAAAUCGAAAGGCUCUAAAGGAAGGGAGAAUAUAGUAAAGCAAAAGGAAAUUGCCUCCUUGGAAAGUCAAGUCUACAGAUUAAUUGAAUUAGUCGGGGAACAGAGGGCUGCCACUCGAGAAAACGUUGUAAGAAAGCAAGCAAGAACAACUGACGAACUUGAGGAUGAAGAAGGUGGCGAAGAAUACAAUGAAUCGGAUUCUGAAGACGAGGAAACAGUACUUUACAACCCCAAGAAUCUUCCUUUGGGCUGGGAUGGUAAGCCUAUUCCGUACUGGUUAUACAAGUUGCAUGGGCUCAACAUCUCUUACAGCUGUGAAAUUUGUGGCAACAUGAAGUACAGGGGACCCAAAGCCUUUCAAAGACAUUUUGCGGAAUGGAGGCAUGCACACAAUAUGCGUUGUCUUGGUAUUCCAAACACCGCUCACUUCGCAAACGUCACACAAAUAGCCGAUGCACUUUCUCUUUGGGAGAAACUAAAAGAUGUGAAAGCUAAGGAACGUUGGCUACCGGAUGUUGAGGAAGAAUUCGAAGAUUCGAUGGGUAACGUUGUGAACAAAAAAACAUUUGAAGAUCUUAGCCGACAAGGAUUACUCUAAAAAACAUUCUGCACUUUAUUUAUGUAAAUAAUAGGUUUCUAUUCGUAUUCUACCUUAAAAAAACUUGGUCAAUAUCCCAGAAUCACAUCCUGAAGGAAAAAUACGUUGCAAAAACAUGUAACAUUGGUAACAUGCAACAGUUUCCGUUGCCUAGCAACUGGGUAAUCUACAAAAUGGCGGAAGACUCGAUUUGAGCUUCUGUCCUUUAUUUGACCUUUUUUUGAUAUUUUCAUGUAUAAACGAGUCCAUUUGCAAUGGCAAUUUCUAAGGAAGAGGCCGAAGAAAUUUUGAGGACAGUGCGAUUACCUGGUGAAA